CUUGGAAAAAGGCUGCACUUCCCCAGGCUCUAACCUUCCCAAGGCAAGUGCUGUAGCUCUAUCAGCAGAACCUUUCUCUGCUUGCUCUGUGUGUGUCUGUGUGUGUAUGCGUGCGUGUGCGCGUGUGCGUGUGUGUGGUGUAAGUGAGGAAGGGCUGGUGGCUUUUUUUCUCUCUGUAUUAAUCAGAAGCUCUGAAUGAAAGCCAAUCAGAGAGAGAGCUCCCCCGUUCGCUUCGCUUCCCUGCAGUCCAGAGUUAAAAGUGAUGCUGAGGAAAAGCUUGAGUUAGAUUCAAGUAGAACCGGGCUUAGAAAAUUACAACAGAAAACAAACAAAAAGCGGAGAUAGUGGCACAAUCUUCGGCGUUUUUUGGGUUGGAUGCUACUUCCUUCUCCUGAAGGGGAGUCAAAGAUUGGGAAAUAUGAAUAAAAUAAUGAUUAACUGUUGGAAAAUAAUUGGAUACCCUAUCUACUAGAAACUCAUCAAAAAGCAGUCCAGAAAGACAUUGCUGUUCUCCCAUCAGCCACAUUGUGACCUGUCAGCAAUUGGAGCACUAUGACAAUAUAUAGAGUUAUAUUAUUAUUUCUGCUCUGGGUGUACCUGCCAAACUUCUCCUCUACAGAGAUGUUGUUUAGAAGGACUUCUGAGCCCCAAACAAAAGUUGUGAAGGCACGCACAUCAGGGAGAGAUGGAAAAGUGCUACACCGUCAAAAACGUGGUUGGAUGUGGAAUCAAUUUUUCUUACUUGAAGAAUAUACAGGAUCAGAUUAUCAAUAUGUAGGAAAGCUUCACUCAGAUCAAGAUAAGGGAGAUGGAUCACUGAAAUAUAUUUUAUCUGGAGAUGGAGCAGGAACUCUUUUUAUUAUUGAUGAGAAAACAGGUGACAUUCAUGCCACUAGGAGAAUUGAUAGGGAAGAAAAAGCCUUUUAUACCCUUCGUGCUCAGGCUAUUAACAGAAGAACUUUGAGACCAGUGGAACCUGAGUCUGAGUUUGUCAUCAAAAUACAUGAUAUCAAUGACAAUGAACCAACAUUUCCAGAGGAAAUCUAUACUGCCAGUGUUCCUGAAAUGUCUGUUGUAGGUACUUCUGUGGUUCAAGUCACAGCUACAGAUGCUGAUGACCCUUCCUAUGGGAACAGUGCCAGAGUCAUUUACAGCAUACUCCAAGGACAACCAUAUUUCUCCGUGGAGCCUGAAACAGGCAUCAUCAGGACUGCUCUGCCAAACAUGAAUAGAGAAAACAGAGAGCAAUAUCAAGUUGUUAUCCAGGCAAAAGACAUGGGCGGCCAGAUGGGUGGAUUAUCAGGGACUACUACAGUGAACAUUACGCUGACUGAUGUUAAUGACAAUCCACCUCGAUUCUCCCAGAACACAAUCCAUCUUCGUGUUCCUGAAUCCUCCCCAGUUGGCACAGCCAUUGGCAGUGUAAAAGCAACAGAUGCUGACACUGGAAAAAAUGCUGAAAUAGAAUAUAGAAUUAUUGACGGAGAUGGAACUGAUAUGUUUGACAUCAUAACUCAGAAGGACACCCAGGAAGGCAUCCUUACUGUGAGAAAGCCUCUUGACUAUGAAAGCAGAAGACUUUACACUCUGAAAGUUGAGGCAGAAAACACUCAUGUGGAUCCACGUUUCUAUUACCUUGGACCUUUUAAAGAUACUACCAUUGUGAAAAUAUCUGUAGAAGAUGUGGAUGAGCCCCCUGUUUUCAGUAGAUCUUCUUACCUAUUUGAAGUCCAUGAAGAUAUUGAAGUGGGUACUAUCAUUGGUACUGUGAUGGCAAGAGAUCCAGAUUCUGCUUCUAGCCCCAUUAGGUUUUCCUUGGAUCGUCAUACUGAUCUUGACAGGAUUUUUAAUAUACAUUCUGGAAAUGGAUCAAUUUAUACAUCAAAGCCACUUGAUCGUGAAAUAUCUCAAUGGCACAAUCUUAGUGUUAUAGCAGCUGAGAUCAACAACCCAAAAGAGACAACUCGUGUAGCAGUUUUUGUCAGAAUUUUGGAUGUCAAUGACAAUGCUCCACAGUUUGCUGUAUUCUAUGAUACCUUUGUAUGUGAGAAUGCAAGACCUGGACAAUUAAUACAGACUAUAAGUGCAGUGGAUAAAGAUGAUCCCUUAGGUGGACAGAAAUUUUUCUUCAGUCUAGCUGCUGUCAAUCCAAACUUCACUGUUCAGGAUAAUGAAGAUAACACUGCUAGAAUUCUAACGAGAAAAAAUGGAUUCAGUCGGCAUGAAAUCAGUAGCUAUCUCUUGCCAGUUGUGAUCUCCGAUAAUGAUUAUCCAAUCCAAAGCAGUACUGGUACACUUACUAUUCGAGUAUGUGCUUGUGACAGCCAAGGGAACAUGCAGUCCUGCAGCGCUGAGGCUUUGCUCCUUCCUGCAGGCCUAAGCACAGGGGCUCUUAUUGCUAUUCUUCUCUGCAUCAUCAUUUUACUAGUUAUAGUUGUGUUAUUUGCGGCUCUGAAAAGACAGCGAAAGAAAGAGCCUCUCAUCUUAUCUAAAGAGGACAUCAGAGACAACAUUGUGAGUUAUAAUGAUGAAGGAGGUGGGGAAGAAGAUACCCAGGCAUUUGAUAUAGGAACUCUGAGGAAUCCUGCAGUCAUAGAAGAUAAAAAGCUACGACGAGAUAUUAUUCCAGAAACAUUGUUUAUCCCACGGAGGACUCCUUCAGCUCUAGAUAACACAGAUGUCCGAGAUUUCAUUAAUGAGAGGCUAAAAGAGCAUGAUAUUGAUCCCACUGCUCCACCAUAUGAUUCACUUGCAACCUAUGCCUAUGAGGGAAAUGAUUCUAUAGCCGAAUCUCUGAGUUCAUUAGAAUCAGGUACUACUGAUGGAGACCAAAACUAUGAUUACCUCCGAGAAUGGGGUCCUCGGUUUAAUAAGUUAGCAGAAAUGUAUGGUGGUGGGGAAAGUGACAAAGACUCUUAACCUAGGAAACAUUUUCUGUUCUCUCAAGAAGAAAUCAUUUUCCAGAUACCACCUCCACUCCUUUAUAAUGUUUGACAUUUCAGGAGAAUUUUCCUGCCACUCAGCACAAUAUUUUUUUCCCUUUUCUUUUUUAAUUUGUUCAUUAAUUUCAUUAAUUCUUUCUUGUAGGAUGUCACAUGGAGUAUAUACAGCAUUUUAUUUAAUCACUUCCAAGAGCCAAAGCUAUGGAAAUUCAGUGUUGUCCAUUUUAGUAAGUAAAAAAAGAAUACUUUCAGAAACUCAAACAGGAUAAGAUUCCCUUAAGCAACUUCAUGUACAAGCCGCUUCUGUUAGGUACCUGUUCUGCCCUUGCAAGUGCAGCUUUUAAGGAGGUGAAGAAAAUUAAAAAAAAAAAAUAUAUAUAUAUAUAAUAUACAUAAAUAUAUAGAGAUACAUAUCCUGUUCUGUACAUUACAAUUCAAAAAAAAUGUACACUUUGUGUUAGUAAGUGUGAUAUGCAGCUGGUAUACAAAACUUUGUGCAACUUCAUUUCAUCAAAUUCUAUCUGCUAAUGUUUUAUAUUUAUAUUUUUGUAUUUAUUUUUAAGAAAUAAAUCAGUUUUUACAACUACUUUGCCUUCAGUUUCUUUUGUUUAUUGAGAAAGAAAUAUAUUCACGAAAUACUUGCUAUGAAACUUUGACUGACUUCCAGUAAAGAUAUUGUCUUUAAUUGCAUAUAUUGAUAAUUGUGAUGAAACCAACAUUAUUCCAGGUGAGGAAAAAAAUUUCUUCUUUAACUGUUUUAAUAACCAAUGUAUAAAUAUCCUAAGGUAAUAAAGCCUCUUUCCUAGAUCUCUGCAAAACAUGUUAUCUUCACUUUUUCAUUUAGCAAAGAGGCACAAGUAAGAAUAUUUUAUUCUUUGAUAAAUAUCCUUAUAUAUAGCAGGGGUUUUAUUGUUGUUGUUUGUUUGUUUAUUUGUUUCUGCCUACUAAUUGAUGCCAAAAAAUAGUCUUGGGGCAAAAAGUAUAAUUCUCUUUAUUUCUUUUGACAUAUGCUGUACUAGUUGUUUGUUAUUAAUCUUUCUCUCCCUUUCCUUUUCUCUCCUAUGUUGCAUGUUUGGUAGCAUACUCUGUUAUGAUAUAUUAUUUUUCUCCAGAAAUACAUUAUGUUUUUCUUAGUAGUAGUCUUUUUUUUUAAUUUUUUUCUUCUGUGACUGAUUGAGCUCAAAGCAGUUGAGAGAAUGCAUCCCAUUUGUUCUACAAAGUGCCUCUCAUCCACUGAAUCUAGCUAUCACCAAUUUACCCCAUGUUUACCCUGGAAGCACAAAAUCCUUUAUUUAUAAAUUGAACACUUUGUUGGAACUAGUUUAGGAAGUCUUAUCCCCUACUGAGUGAAUAUAUUGUAAAUAAUGAAUACAAUUGGCCUCAUCUUCAAAUGGUGAAAAUGGUAUGUUUUUGGAGUGAAGCAGAAAAUUUAAUAUUGACAAACCUUUAAUGGGAAAUUAAUUAUUGCAUUUAUUUUGAAAGGCAUUUUUCCUUCUUUAAUGGUUAAGUGAUGCCUAAAUGUUUGCAACUCAAAAUAUUUGUGAAAGCAUAAUAAUUACCUGAUUACAAAAGAAAUGCAGCCAGUAUUGGUGAUUAUGGUCACAGUCAACUUCCAGACAUUAUAUGCCUCAGCAGGUCAUGUAAUAAAAGCUAACUUGGCAAACUUCCUAAGUUUCAAAAGCCCAUCCCUGGCCCAUAUUACAGAAUACAAAACA